AUGAAUAAAAGCUUUUUCAGUUACGAGCUCCCUGGGGCUGAUAUAAUUACUGCUAUUGAAAGCAAUUCUAAAUACUUUUCUAAAUCAAAAAAGUCCGACAAAACCGAUGAUCCAGCUGAGCCGUCUAUAUGUGCAAUAAUAAUCAAUCAAGACGAAGAAGAUGAAGAAAUACCAGCAGAAUGGAAAGCUGAAAAUUGUAUUUUAUUCGAUAUGUUGAGGAAUAUUUUACGUACCAGUCGCCACCUGGUACGAAGACAAAUCGAUAAGCGCAACCUUGUUUCUUCAUUAUGCUGUUAUUCCUUACAAAAAUCUUGUAAACCGUUGAAUUUUGUAAUAUCAACUCGACAACUUACUUCAAGUUCUCAAGAAAUUGAAACAUCAGACAAUAUAGAUCCAGUAGUGUAUGAUAAAAUAUGUACCGAAACUCUAGAAUCUCUGUAUGAAUAUUUCGAUGAGCUAGUGGAUCAGUCAUCAAAUUUGAAAGGUGCUGAUGUAACAUUUAGUGAUGGAGUUUUAACAGUUUUCCUUGGAUCCAGUUAUGGAACUUAUGUAAUAAACAGACAGACACCGAACAAACAAAUUUGGUUAAGUUCUCCCACAUCUGGCCCAAAACGUUAUGAUUUAAUAUUAAAAAAUGGUGGUUACUGGAUAUAUAAACAUGAUGGGAUAACUUUACAUACCUUAUUACAAGAUGAAAUAUCUAAAAUUGUAACUGAUGUAGACUUCAGUAAUUGUUCUCAUUGCUCUAUG